ACGUUUCUUCUUCUUUAGUAAAAAAAAAAAAAAGGUUUUCGUCUUCAAACUGAUAGAAGAAAAGAUUUCAACUUUGAAAAAAAAGAAGAAGGAAACUUCCUCGCUCGUGCUCUUCAACUAGCACCAUCAUCUGAGAUCUAAGGGAUUCUAUAAUCUUACACCGACAUCCAGAUCACGAAUCUCCUCUAUUAUAUUCCAUCGUUCUGAAAUCACUUCUUCACCAGAUCAGACCAAGAACAAGAAAAAAGAUAUUAGGAAGAAACCUCAAAGUCGUCGGCUUUCUUGUGACCCUUCGUUGACUCUUUAAGAUCUCAUACAAGAAGAAAGUUUAUCCCCUUUAGUCCAUGUUUUGGUAGCCACGAGAGGGUAAUGAGUCAUUGUAAAGUGCCGGCUCUUAUCGAAGCACAAGUUGAAAUGGGAUCGGUUAAUGAACUUGAGCACAAAAGCCUAUUUAGACGAGAAGAAGACGAUUCCACACAAGCUAAAGCAGCUUCUCUGAUGGAGCAAGGCUCACUUUCUCCAAGUUUCCACGAACACGCGACUAAAUCGCCAAAGAACAGCGUUAUAAAGAGCAUCAAGAUCGUUAUUUUAUCUAAUAAACUCAACCUGUUGUUACCUUUCGGUCCUCUAGCAAUCUUGGUCCACUACAUGGUAGAUAGUAAGGGGUGGGUGUUCUUGCUGAGCUUAAUAGGCAUUACACCAUUGGCUGAACGUCUAGGAUACGCCACAGAGCAACUGGCUUUUUACACUGGUCCUACAGUUGGAGGCCUUCUAAAUGCUACAUUUGGGAAUGUGACUGAGCUGAUCAUAUCGAUUUUCGCUUUGAAGAAUGGAAUGAUACGUGUGGUUCAGCAGACGUUGCUAGGAUCCAUUUUGUCUAACAUGCUGCUUGUACUCGGCUGCGCUUUCUUCUGCGGUGGGCUAGUGUUUCACCAGAAAGACCAAGUCUUUGACAAAGGAAUUGCAGUUGUGAACUCAGGAUUGCUUUUGAUGGCUGUGAUGGGGAUACUCUUCCCUGCUGUUCUUUACUACACGCAUAGUGAGGUUCAUACCGGAUCAUCGGAGCUGGCACUGUCAAGGUUCAGCAGCUGUAUAAUGCUUAUAGCCUAUGCUGCUUACCUCUUCUUCCAGUUGAAGAGCCAGUCUAGUUCUUAUAGCCGUCUUGAAGAGGAAGCAAAUCAGAACGAAGAAGCUUCUGGUGAAGAUGAAGAUCCUGAGAUCUCCAAGUGGGAAGCUAUCAUAUGGCUCUCAAUCUUGACUGCUUGGGUCUCUCUUCUCUCUGGCUAUCUUGUUGAUGCCAUAGAGGGUGCAUCGGUUUCUUGGAACAUACCGAUAGCUUUCAUCAGUGUCAUUUUACUUCCUAUCGUUGGGAAUGCAGCGGAGCAUGCAGGAGCUAUUAUGUUUGCUAUGAAAGAUAAACUGGAUCUGUCAUUAGGGGUAGCUAUUGGUUCCUCUAUCCAGAUCUCCAUGUUCGUGGUACCGUUCUGUGUGGUGAUUGGAUGGAUGAUGGGUGAACAGAUGGACCUCAAUUUCCAGCUUUUUGAGACGGCGAUGCUGUUCAUAACCGUUAUAGUUGUAGCUUUUUUCCUCCAGGAAGGGACAUCGAAUUACUUCAAAGGAUUGAUGCUCAUUCUUUGUUACUUGAUAGUUGCUGCCAGUUUCUUUGUACACGAAGAUCCUCAUCAAGAUGGUAUAUAAAUACUAUGGAAGAGUCUGGUGUGAAGCAAGUUGGGUCUUCAUUACAAGCUGAUGAUUUCACGAACACAAAGUUUUGGGGAGAGAUGUAAACCUGAUUCUAAUGUGGUUUCCAUAAACUUAUUCCUUUUGGCAUUCCCCCAUAAAAAAUGUAUACUCUUCUUAGCCACUUAGAAGGUUGCACGUUUUUGAUUAUUUGCGACGCUGUUAUAAGAAGAUUAUUGAAGAUUUGUUUCUUGUGUU